AUGGAGGAUGAGGAGGAUGACAUAGCUGUUAUUGGGAUUGGAUGUAAUUUCCCUGGAGGAGAGGGGUUAGACAACUUCUGGGGAGUUCUGUUGGAGGGAAAGAACUGUGUGGUGGAUAUUCCAGAAGAGAGAUUUGAUGCUACUUCUUGGUACGAUGCCGAUGAAAGCAAACCAGGAAAGACACAGACAACGAAGGCAGCUCUUAUUGAAGGGUUUGAUGAGUUUGAUCACAGGUUUUUUGGCAUUACUGAGGCAGAGGCUGAUUUCAUGGACCCUCAGCAGAAGCUUCUUCUGCAGUGCACAUACAGGGCGUUAGAGGAUGCAGGAAUAGCAAUGGAGAGCAUCAGCGGAAGGAGAACUGGAGUUUACAUGGGUCUAAUGAACAGGGAUUAUGAGAGGCUUAGAAGUAACAUCUCUAAUACAAUAAACCACUACAAUGGCACCGGGACUGCAAUGAGUAUGGCUGCCAGCAGAAUCUCCUUCACAUUUAAUCUCACAGGCCCUUCUCUAGCCAUUGACAGUGCCUGUUCUUCAUCUUUGGUGGCAGUACAUUUAGCCUGCCAGGCCAUAAAGCAAGGAGACUGUGACAUGGCUCUGUGUGGAGGUGUAAGCUGCAUAAUAGAGCCAAGAGUUUUCAUUGCUCUCAGCAAGGCCAAGAUGAUCUCCACUGAUGGGACCAGCAAACCUUUCUCCAGCAGAGCAGAUGGUUAUGGUAGAGGGGAGGGCUGUGGGGUAGUUCUCCUGAAACCUCUGAAAAAUGCCAUAAAAGACUGCAACAAAAUUUGGGGUAUCAUCUGCAAAACUGCCGUCAACCAAGAUGGACACUCAGUCACUCCAAUCACCAAACCCUCCAUGUCACAACAAGAGGAACUCCUGCGCAGAAUCUACUCCAAAUCUGACAUAGAAAAUGUCCAGUACAUUGAGGCACAUGGGACUGGAACCCCAAUUGGAGACCCAACAGAGGCAGGAAGCAUCUCAAACGUCAUUGCAAAAGCCAAACCUCCUGAUUCAGAGACGCUUCGGAUUGGCUCUGUGAAGGGCAACAUUGGACACACAGAAUCUGCUGCAGGAGUAGCUGGACUCUUAAAGGUACUCUUGAUGAUGAAGCAUGAGACUAUUGUUCCCACAGUUUUCUACUCGGAUGCAAGUGCCAGUGUAGAUGAAAAAGCUUUGAGUUUAAGUAUUCCAAGUAAAGUUGAAAAAUGGGAGACAAAGGGGUUGUUAGAAAGAAUGGCUGGAAUCAACAGCUUUGGGUUUGGGGGCACGAAUGCACAUGUGAUUGUUCGAGAGUACAGACAAACAAAGUUCCCUUCUAAGUUCCCAAAAAGGUGUCCAGAACUCUUUGUAAUAUCUGCAGCCUCUGAGAGAUCCUAUAAUCGUAGCAUUACUGACACCAUACAGAGACUUGGCGGUGAUCAAACAGCCGGCUUACAGGCACUGUCAUACACCUCGGCAUGUGGAAGGAGUCAUUCUAGACACAAAUACAGGAAGGCCUUUAUAAUGUCUUCUCUCUCAGAUUUAGAACACCAGUUGACAUCUGCUUUGAAAACAAAGGUGGAACCAACAAAGUCAGACAUCCAGUUGGUCUUUGUGUUUUGUGGAAACGGGGUUUCCUACAGGGGAAUGUGCAAACAGCUCUUCAGAGAGUUCCCUGUUUUCAGAGAAAAGGUCAGAGAUGUUCAUGAUCAUUUCCAAAAUCAUAAAAGCAUCAACAUCAGCCAGUGGCUUUCUGGAGAGUUGGAUAAUGAUGAUUUCAAUAAGCCAGAUGUCAUCCAGCCUCUUCUUUUUGCCAUUCAGGUUGGUAUCGCUGCUCUCCUAAAGCAAUGGGGUAUCAAACCUGAUGCUGUGCUUGGACACUCUGUUGGCGAGGUUGCUGCUGCUCAUUGUUCUGGUCUUUUGUCUCUUGAGGAUGCUGUGAAAGUGUUGUAUCACCGUAGUACUCUUCAAACCAAAGUCACAGGGGGUAAAAUGCUUGUUGUGAGUAAUGUGGCUGUAGACGAGGUUUUAGAAGUCCUUCCGGCCUUCUCUGGGGAAAUCUCUGUUGCAGCUUUCAACAGUCCUCAGUCCUGCACUCUGUCAGGGGAUGCAAAUGCUAUAAACAACCUUCAUCAGAGGCUGAGGACAUUGUUUGCAGGUGAAAGUAUCUUCCUCCAUGAGUUGGAUGUGCCAGCAGCAUACCACAGCCAUAAGAUGGACCCCAUACUUGAUGACAUAAAGAAAAGUAUUGAUCCCUUGGCUGCCAACAACAUGGAUUGCAGGCUUUAUUCAACUGUGACUGGAGACAGAUCUUCAGAUUGUGACUUCCAAACAGGCAGGUACUGGGCAAGAAACAUCCGAGACCCUGUUUUGUUUGAACAAACCCUGCAUGCAGUCACCAAAGACAAGCCACCAAGAAGCAGUGUGGUCUUUGUGGAGAUUGGACCACGUAGAGCUCUCCAAAGGAACAUACAUGAGACUUUAGGAAGUAACACCGUAGUUCUUCCUUCUGUCCAGCCAGAGAAAGAUUAUGAAACAAUCUUGUCCACUGUGGCAAAACUGUUUGAACUUGGAGUCAAUGUGGACUGGGGUGAGCUCUACAGAGGUUGUGAGACACUGCCGACAGCUUUCCCAGUCUAUCAGUUUGACAACACAAAAAAUGAGCAAAGUUUUGAAGCUAUGAGAAGAGGUGACGAGUCAUUCGAUUUUUCUCACCAUACGCUCAUAUCCCAAAUAAAGAAGGGCAACAAAGAAUACACAUGCAAUCUAUCAUUAGACACUGCUCCAUAUCUUUGGGAGCACAAGAACAAUGGUGUCCCCAUUGUGCCAGGUGCAUUUUAUGUUGAACUAGCUUAUGCCUCAGUUAUGGCAAGUUUAAGGCCAAAGAAACCGGUUUCUCUGCUCCAGCUUAGCAUACGAUUUGAGAAUGUGUUUACACUGACCUCAAACUGUCACCAGCUGAAAGUGACACUGGAACAUGCAGAGAGUGACGGUUCAUUUAUGAUACAGUCUUCAGCUGCAACACAUGCCUCAGGCACAUAUAGGUAUGUAGAUGGCCAAUCAUUGUUAGAAGAACCAACCAUUUGUCUUGACAUUAUUACUCAAAGAUGCAAACUGGUUUUGACAACAAAAGAGAUUUAUUCAGUUCUCUCUCAAGCAGGAUUUGAGUACGGCCCGGUCUUCAGACAGCUUCAUAAUGUCCAUUUUGGGGACGAAUUCAAGGAAGCUUUAACAGCAAUUGAAGUCCCAAGUGAACUCCUAAAACAUCUUCACGAGUAUAUCCUUCACCCUGUGCUGUUGGACUAUUUCUUGCAAAUGACUGCUGUGGUGGCUAUCGGACGGCUAACAGCUAAACAAGGAUUCCCCUCAGCUAUAGGUAGUGUGGCCAUAUCAGGACCGCUUCAAGAGGAAAUGGUCAUGUACUUACGAGCCACUCAAGAGACUCAAGACUUUCUUGAAGUGUGUGGUAGCCUCUCCACUCCAGAAGGUAAGGUGCUGGUGGAACUGAAGGGGGUGAGGAUAUCCUUUUUAGGUCAAUGCUCAGAUGUCCAGUCAUGGUUCUUCCACAAUGAAACCAUUGCUGUUCCACGCGAUACAGACUUGCAUAAUUGCCAAAUGAAAGUGAUGGUUUUUGAAGACAAUCUUGGCAUUUUGAAAGGAAUAAGGCCAUACCUUCACUCAGAGUCAGUAUUUGUGGAGAGCAGACAGCAAUGGACAGCAGAUCAAGUUAGAAACCUAGUUUUCCACUCACUUAGCACCAAUCUGGAUUUGGAAGGUGUUCUCUUCAUUUGGGGUGUAGAAGAUCUGAGUCACUUGUCUCCUGAGAAGAUGCUGGACUGCUUGGUGACGUGCUGUGAGCUAUUUCGACAGAUUAUCCUCGCUUUGAAGGAUAGCAAACGCUCCUGCUCUGUCUGGGUCAUAACCUAUAGAUCAACAGAAAGAAAUGUGGAUUACGUCAGUGCUGGUUAUGUGCUGUCUGGUAUGACAAGGGCUUAUGCCGCAGAGAUUGCAGGUCUCUCUUUUCAGUUGAUUGAUCUUGCUUCCUUGACCAGUGAUGACAUUCAAUCACUGGUCCAUGUAAUGCAUACCUGCAAACAGCAAGAGGUCAUGAUCAGCAGAGGUAAAGUGUCAACAACAAGAAUAGCACGAACACAUGUGAUAGAUGGGGCUUUGUGUGCAGAGGAUAUGCACACAGUUCAACAGAGCAACUUUGCCGUAUGGACAACUGACCCUUACGGUAUGGCUCACUUGUCGGCCAUUCCCUGCGACAAGAAUGUAAAUGCAAUCCAAGAGAAGUCAGUUGAGAUUCAGCUAACCAAUGUAUGUGUGCAUUCAUCUGAUUAUUUUCCCGUCACUGCCUCACAUUUGAAGUAUGGCAACACAAUGUACUGGAGCAAGCAUGGCUCACAGAAUCACAAACUCCUCGCUUUAGAUUUUAGCGGAAAAGUCACAGCUGUCGGGAAACAUGUUAAUAACCUUAGUGUAGGAGAUCAUAUUGCUUCAUGUUAUCCAGUUGCUGCCACAGCAAAGAUUAUAAUUCCUGCAGGAGUAUGCUACAGCACAAAGACACUCCCAUUUCUGAAACACACUCCUUGUGUGUCCUACUUCAUACUGGCGUGGGAGAUCCUGCAAAGAAUUCUGUUGAAGGUAAAACAACAGCCCAGAAAGUUGGUCCUUAUCUCGUCCAACCCUGCCUCUGCUCUGAUGAAAGUCUUGGCUCUGACAGCAAACAGGUCAGGCUGGAAUGUCUCCUCUUCGUCCCACUGCGGAGGAGAUUUUGCUCAAAGUCGUGCUUUUGUUUUUCUACCCCCAUUUGAUCACUCCUGGCAGCAGAUUUCUGAAAUUGGCAGUCCUGAUAGAUAUGUAAUUGUUGUAUGUAGCAACUACAUAUCCUCAUCACUCUCAGCAAACAUGUUUGCAUUGAAGAGUGAGCAAAUGCAUGUCCACAAACUGGAUGUGUCGAACCUACUCCAGAAAACCAAUCUACAAGAACACACCAGGACUAUCUCCAACUGGCUUACAUCAUUAGGCUUCAAUGCAGGAUCUCUGCCGCUGAAAGGGGAAACAUUUCAGUCAUCUUGCAAAAAAGAGCCGCCUCAUAGUUGUGCAGAUUCUGAGUCCUACUUCACAACAAACACAGUGAAGCAGGUUGUUCUAAGAGAAUCCAACUCUCCAGUUUCUGAUAUCCCCUUACUUAUAAGGCCUCCUCAACUCUUCAAACAAAGCUGUGUGUACAUUGUCACUGGAGGGCUCUCUGGCUUAGGACUUGAGACGGUUAAGUUCAUCGCCAGUAACGGUGGAGGUUGUAUUGCAACAUUUUCCAGAAGAACUGUGUCAGAUGAAUUGAACUUUCAAAUGGAAUUCCUUCAGAGAAAACAUGGAGUGACGAUCAUGAAUGUCCAAUGCGAUGUUUCUGUGUCGAUGCAGGUAGAAGAAGCAGUCUCAAAGAUUGAACAAAGGUUCCCCUCUUGUUCAAUCAAAGGAGUAUUUCACAGUGCUGCAGUAUUGCAUGACGGGCUGAUUGAAACCCUUGAUCAGACCCUCUUCCAGAAGGUUCUGAAACCCAAAGUGAGUGGAGUUCUAAACCUUCACAAUGCAACACUUCACAACAAACUGGAUUUCUUUGUGUGCUACUCUUCGAUCUCUUCAUUCAUCGGCAAUGCUUCACAAAGUAACUACGCAGCAGCCAAUUCCUUCCUCGACACAUUCUGUCACUACCGGAGGAACCUUGGACUUGCCGGACAGUCUAUUAACUGGGGUCCUUUGAACCUUGGCCUCUUGUUAAACAAAGACCACUUCCAGAAGUUCCUGGAGGCUAAAGGGAUGAUGAUAAUGGAUGUGAGUGAUGUUCAAGCAGCACUUGAAAAGUGUCUUCUGAUGAACAGACCUCAACAAGUCAUUUGCAAGUUCAACUUCAAAAAUCUUCACAUUCAUGUUCUCUCACAGAAUACAUCUCUUAGAGAGCGGCUGUCAGCUUUAGUGGCAACCGAGCUGAAGGAUGAUUUAAUCAGUGAAUGUAUGAUUCAGUGUGUGUCCUCCACUCAUGACAGUGUGAGAAGAAUUAUCAGUGACAUCAGCAAUGUUAGAGUAGAGGAGCUGGAUGAUGAGUCAGCUCUGUGUGCACUGGGUAUUGACUCAAUGUUAGCCAUGACUCUGCAGAAUAAGAUAUUUCAAGAGACAGGUGUUAAUGUGCCUUUAGUUAGAAUACUGGACCCCAGCAGUACACUGGGCACUUUGGAAACCAUUGUAAUGAAUUGUAAAUAAUUCUUCUGUAUCAAAGAAAAACAGAGAGCUUUGUGAA